AUGGCUCGCAUAUCCAUCAAUGCCAUCUUGGCAUUGCUCAUCUUCAUUUCGACGGCACACGCCCAAUUCCAGUUCUUCGAGCAAAUGUUCGGCGCUGGAGGACAGCACCGGGAAUCUCAGGACCAAAGAAAUGUCCCCAGCGACAGUGCCUGGUAUCAAAAGACGUAUGAUGGGGCCCAGUGCUCCAAUUAUCUUUGUCCUGGAACCCUAGCUUGCGUGCAUUUUCCUCAUCACUGUCCUUGCCCGCAUCCGCAAGUUGAAGAGAAGUUCGAACUCGGCGAGGGAAGCGCCAUCUGCAUUUCACGAGGCGGCUUUAAAGCCGGCGAAGCCGCACGGAAGGUUGAAUUAGCUAGGAAAGGCUUGCUGUGA